GUUUUAAAUUCAUUUAUAUAAUCAUUUUUAGAAAAUAAAAUAAAUUGAUAUAAAAAAAUUUCACUUUUUAUUUUUUGGCAGAGUGAUAAAAUGCGUUUAUUUUUUUCCAUAUAUGUAAUACUCCUAUAUGGUCAGUUGGUAUAGGAAAGCGUGACACAACAUUACGGUACAGACAAUAUAUUUUCUCUCUCUCUUUCGAAAUACUUCGAUCGCUCUGCGCAUGCUUGAAGAUUUUCUAAAAUAACGGUAGUGAGGGCAUAAGCACAAAACAAAUUUUUUGGUUAUAAAUUCCCUCAACAUUUUAUUUACUAUUAAAAUUAAAAAGAAAAUGAAAUUUUUUGAAUUUUAUAUGUUAAAUAAUCAAGUGAAAUUGGUGUUAUUAAAAAUAUAUAUAUUAAAAAAUGGUCCACUCGUGUUAUUUAUGUGACAGAAAAGCGUCUAAAGCUGAUAAUAUUUCAUUGCAUAAAUUUCCAAAAAAUGCCGAGUUACGUACUAAGUGGUCAAAUACUUGUGAACUAACGAAAAACGAUGAUCUAAACAGAGUUUAUAUAUGUUCUAGACAUUUUAGAACUGAUGAUAUUUGUCAAUCAAAUAUUUUUGGAAAAGUUAAAACCUGUAUAAAACGUGAUGCAGUCCCUACACUUUUUCUUACAAAUCCGCUAAAUAUUGAAGAAAGUAAUAAGUUGCUAACAAGAACACCAUUAUUGGAAUUAUUUGAUGAGAAUAUAGUUGCAAAUCAAUUUUCGUCAAAUGUUUCUGGUGAUGAUAUUGAAAACGAUAGUAUUAUAUUUAAUGUUAUGCAAAAAAGUUCAGAAACAAAUGAUGAGCUAAAAAAUGUCGAAGUUCAAACGUCAAAUAGGAGCAGUAUUAACACCAGCGUUUCCGACGAAGAUGAAGAUUUGAAUCAAUUCUCUCAAAAUAAAUUAAUAAGCUCGAGCAGUGAAGAUGAAAAUACUACUCUUGGUGAAAAUAAUUUUUCAAAACAAAGUAAAAAACGUAAGUUUUUUGAGCCACGCUAUGUAAGUGAAAUAUUACCAUCAGAUUUUUCAUCACCCAAAAGUGCUAAAAGAACAAUUGAUUUAAUUAAGAACAUCGAUUUAAGUAAGUCGCAAAAAAUUAAGCAACUUCAAAGACAGACAAAAAGUCUCCAGAAAAAAAUACAAUCCUUGCAUGAUUUAAUAAAUCAUCUCAAAGAAAACCGUUUGUUAACUGACGAGAGUGGAGACGGCCUGAUAGUAUAGUAUAUUCUAACUAAAUUGCAUUUAUAUAUAUUCAUACAAUUGUAUAUAUUUUAAAUAAGUAAUUAAUAAUUAAAGACGAGUUUAAUUAAUGAUAUGA